AUGAUAGAAGAGUCGGUUUAUGAAGCAGAGAAGGCAGUUCAGCAAAGCUCUAGCAGUUUCAUAGCGAUGGAAGUGAAGGAGCACGUGACCCUGCUACCCUCAUACCUCGGUAGGCAGUGUCCUGUCGUUCUAGUAGUCCAUUUGUCUUUGAUCUCUGCCGUACAAGGGAGAGUAGGUACAGGAGUGACUGAGGAACUAGCCAGCCGUAUUCUCCACUACCACGCAGUGUACGGAGGAGUACUGAUGGCCUUUGAUCGUAUACGAGUCCUUCACAGAACAGGGCACAUAUAUGAUGAGUUGCCACAUAUCCAUAUCAACAUUGAAUACUCUGCCACCAUCUUCAGGCCUCAGGCAGGGAAUGUGAUGUGUGGGGAGGUAAACAAGGUUGGAGUGGACCAUAUUGGUUGUCUUCUGUUUGGCUGUUUCAACACUGCAGUCACAUGCUCACCUCUCGACCAUCUCACUAAAGAGCAAGAGGAAAAGAGGCUAAAGAGUUGGUGCAGCAGAGCAUUUGAGACUGGGGAAAGAAUCUGGUUUAGUGUCAGUCGCAUUGAGGUGACUGGAAACUUGCUUUCUCUUAGAGGAGACUAUUUGAUUGAGGAGGAAGAGGAGGGAAAAGCAGAAAAUGAUGUUGAAAAGUUAGAGACAAAAAAAGAGAAAAAGAAGAAAAAGAGGAAACAAAAGCAGGAAAAGGACGAGGAGGAUUCAGAGAGGAAGGAGAAAAAAGGGAAGAGAAAGCGAGAGGUGGAGGGGGAAGAAGGUGGGGGAGGUGAAAAGGGGGAGAAAAAGGAAAAGAAGAAAGAAAGCAAGGCUGAAAAGAAGAGAAAUAGAGUUAUGAAAGACAGUGCCUGA